CAGCGGUUUUUGGGAUGCAUUUAGCUUUUAUUGCCACAUAUUUGGUAAGCCCUUCAUAAAGGCGUGAUCACUUGCUUUUCCAACUGAAGAAUAUUUAACCUGCAGUGACAACGAGCAACAGCAAUAAGUGGGCGCAGAAAUGUCAUCUUCCAUCUAUGGCGAUAUCACAAAGAUUGAAACAACUGGUGCUUCCGAAAUAACAGCAAAACAGGACAAACUAACUGAAAAAGGUGUUGACACCUCUCACAAGAUGAUGGCGACUGACUUGGAGAGAGUGAACAAGUACAAGGCUUUGAUAAAUAAAGUUGCCACGGCUAACGAGGUUGAUCCAGCCAUAAUUGGUGCUAUCAUAUCCCGUGAAUCACGUGGUGGGAACGUCUUGAUAAAUGGCUGGGAUAAGCAUGGAAAUGGCUUUGGCCUCAUGCAGGUUGACAGAAGGUAUCAUGAUGUUGUUGGAGCGUGGGACAGUGAGGAGCAUCUAUCACAGGGCACGCAGAUACUGACGGGCAUGAUCAAAGGCAUUGCAAAAACAUUUCGUGAAUGGUCCAAAGAACAGCAGCUGAAAGGUGGGAUUUCAGCAUACAACGCUGGAACAAAAAAUGUCCAAACCUAUAGCAGAAUGGAUAUUGGGACCACAGGAGAUGAUUAUGCUAAUGAUGUAGUUGCAAGAGCCCAAUGGCUUAAGGAGCAUGGAUAUUAAUUGUCCUUCGAUCUUCCUAUCAUUGACACCAAUCCUUCAAACUUUGUAGGCUAGAAAAUGUCAGAAUCCUGUCGAAGCUUUUUAUCUCCCAUAUAAUAUUGGCAAAUAAAAUCAACUGAAUCUGCAUCACAAA